CGUCUCACAAUUCGCCAUGGAAACUGAAAAUUUCGAAGCUUCAGUAGCUGAACUCAUCGACGGUGCCUGAGAAUGACGCUUGGCGGUGAGAAGUGCUUGCGGCUUAGCCGGCUCGUCGAUCAUUGUCUUCAUCCUUUUACAGAAGAAGAUGGGGUGGUGUUGGAGAGCAAAGGGAAGGAAAAGGAACUGCUUAUUGCGCUCUCUCAUGUUGUAACUGAAGUUCAGCGCUGGGUUCGAGAAAUUGAUGGCGACUCUGAUAAUGAAGGGAUUCAAAUGCCGAAUUCUCAUGAGAAAAGAAGUGAUGAGCAGGACCAAUCUUUGGAGAGCCACCAUUAUAUGACGAAGAUUGUUUCUGAAUUGGUACCUUUACUUGCUUUUGAGAAUAAGUAUGUCAAACAUCUUGUGGGCAAUGUACUAACAGCAGUUACAAAAUUUAUAUUUCUAACUGGAAACGCAAGCGACUGGUGUGAAUUAGUACACUCGUUAUGUUUUAGCAUGGAGUUAGUGCUUGCCAGAAUCAUAUCUUCUCCUGCACCUUCGAUCACUGGGUCUGAAAAUUUAGACUUUUAUUUAUCAAUCUUACAACCUAAGCUGAAAAAUGCCAAUUUUUCCACGGUUGCUGGCCUUCUCCAAGUUUUGCGAAAUACCUUGAAAUUCUUGAAGCAAGAGCAGAGUGAUCUUAUUGGAGAGUUGUUUGAUUCUGUUAAUUCUUGUCUUUCAAAGAUUCCUUGGGAUUUAUUAGGUAGGAUCCUUACGGAGAAAAUAUGUAACAUUGUAGAAGUCCAGAGCAACGAUGAUGCGUGUUCUGAUAAUUUGCAUCAGAGGCAAGGAUUAAAAUUUCUGUUCCUAGGAAAUUUUGUUCAAUUUCUCUGUUCCUUGGCUGAGCCAAGUGACUUUGAGGAAGCUUCAUGUGGUUCAUUUAAGAGUCACCCCCUACUUGGCACAAUCAUCAACCUGAUUCCUAACCUUUUUGAUUGGUGCCUUAACAACCAAGUAGAUCACUUUGAUAGGUGCUUGUCCCGAUAUUUCAGUCACAAGCUGCUGAUAUUAAUGAUCAGGCUUAGUUUCCAUUGCCAUCUUCAGUGUUCCACUCUUGUUCUAUGGUUGCAACUUUGCAGAAAUUGUUUCCAAAACCUCUUGUUGCUUCCAAAGCUUGAGCUGGAAUCUACCGCUGAUACUUCCCUUGAAGAUUCUCCAUUGAUUGUGAGCUAUUUUGGUGACAAACGCAGUCCAUGUUCCUUGCAUCUGCGAAGACUAGCUGUUUUUCUAUUCCUCAGGUGUUCCUUAAGCUUCAUAUGUAAACAACCAACUGAAAAGUGUGAUCCGUCUAUAGCUAUAAAAUCUCAGUUGAUCUACACUACAACAUUGGAAAGUAAAUGUGAUGACUGCACUUGUAGCAAGAAAGGUGUACUGGAGCUUUAUAAGUGGCUUCUGGGGAACCUUCCAACAAAUAUUUUUCUGGAUACUAAUAUGUAUGCAAAAAACUGCACCAAGUUCGCAUCAUCAUUUCUCCAGCUAUAUAUGCACGAGGAUGAUUUAUUAUUCAAAGUGCUGUUGCAACUUCUUCGGCUGCCUUCUCAUACAGAGCCAUGUUCUAGUGAAGGACCAUCCCAGGAGGUGAAGGAAGUUAUACUUUUUCAUGUUUCAAACAUUUUUGAUCCUCAGCACAUGUUCCACAUUUUUCUUAAGGAGUUAAACUAUGAUCAUGAAAUGCUCUUAGAUUACCUCAUGUCAAAAGAUGCAGGAAUAUAUUGUUUGGAAUACCUACUAAGAUGCCUGCAUAUAAUAAAUGAUUCCAGGCAUGCGCUAGGGGAUUCAUCAACAAUUUUGGAUAUCUUAACUGACUCUUCUGGCAAGAGAAGAAAGGUUAUGCUGAACAGCUCAACUAUUUCAGAAGAGCGAUUGUCUGGUUCACUCAAUCAAAGCAAUGAAACACUUCCAUCCUUUGAGGACACUGGAAAUUAUGAUUAUGGCUACAAGCCUCAAAGAGUUGGGGUAGAAUCCCUGAAAAAAUCUAAAAAUUGUUUGCACUCGUUGAAAACAUCCUUGGAAAAUCUUCACAGAGAGAAUCUCUUUCCAUACAAUCCCAAAGUGCUCAUAAAACGGUAUGCAUGUCUGCACGAUGCUUUAUUGAUUUGACGAAAUUUUUGGAGCUUCCCAUGGAGAUUAAGUAAUUAAGAGUCGUCCAGCCCCAUGCAGAGGUCCUCUUCUUGAAGCAUGGAGCUCCCAUUUUGAUUUAACCCUCAAGCGUGGAGAUCCUUUCAAUCUAAAAGCUUCACUUUCGAGUUCUUAAAAUAAGACUACUAAUGGUUUGAUCAAUUGACUUAUCUUCAAGUUAUCUCCUUCCUAGACGGGUAAAUAGAUUGACCUUAAAACAGCAACGCUUAAUUACUAUUGCUAUAAAACAAGCUCGUAUUUUAUCUUUGUUACCUUUUCUUAAUAAUGAUAAAAAUGAUAAACAAUUUGAAAGAA